AUGGUAAGGGCAUGAUUUUAGGCUUACUAUAUUUAUAUUAUAAUAAUAUACGUCACACAAGCUGUUAGAGCUCUAAAAAAAAGUUAUUUUACAUAUAUUAAGCUAUUUUUUGCAGUACAUGUAUGAAGUUGAUAUAUUGUAGCAAAAUACUGUAGCUUUUAAAAUUUUAUGAAUUUUUCAUUUCAGAUGUUGUAUGUCUUGUGCAUCAUAAGUAUGUUAUUAAGCACUCAUCGCAGUAGGCCUAGUUAUAUGUUGAUGAUACUUCUGGGUAUUUCACACGUUGGAGGUUUACAAGUUAGUGGUUUAAUGACAGCCGUCUUUGCCAUCUCUGGCAACGUUUUUUGCGACUUCCCAACUGUUAUCUAUGUUGGGGGAUGUGUUGGGCUUGGUAAGUAAAAUGAUAUAUGUAAACAGUAAAACCGCUUCAGUAUGUCUCUUGCUACCGUGAAACCCUCUUUAUAAUGACAGCUUUCUAAUCCUCAUUAAGCUUUUAAGGAUAUUCAAACUAACCUUACCUAAAUUUUAGGCACAUGGUGCUGCUCAACCAUGACAGGCAUCAUUCUCACCCUAAACCGCUGCUGUGAGAUCUACAGUCCACGUGUAGCCAAUCGUCUUUUCAACGGUGUGUGCAAGUACUUUUGGCUAGCUCUUCCCUGUAGCUAUUUUUGGUUCUUCUUCUGGUAUACCAAUCCACCCCUAUUCAGUGGGAUUUUAAUGAGCUGGUUCUUCAACCCACACAUGAGUUAUUUCGAAGACGACAACAACACCUAUCAUAACUAUUUUCAUGCCAUUAAUAACAUUGCCGACUGUAUUUUGGGGACUUGUGUUAGUUUGUUGUUUGUGGUACUGUAUUUGAAGAAGGCGAGGGCGGUGCGAAGUGAUAUGAGCGCGACUGAUAAGAAGGUCAGAAGAUUUUAAGAGCUUAAUGAUAAUAUAUAGGAGAAUAACAUAUUUAAGUAAUUCUGUGCCCCCUAACCCUAAAAGUUUAUUUUGAGAGACACAGAAUUAUUUGAACAAUUUAAUAAUAUAUCACUCAAAUGUUAAUUUUAAAAAAUAACUUUAAAAUCUAAUUUUAGAUGUGCUUACAAGUCUUCAUAAUAGAAGGCAUGCAAAUCCUAGCCAGCUCAUUGUACGUGGUUCAACAAGUCAGUCAAGUCAACUUUUACAUUACAUUGGUGGCUUCUUCUGCGUAUUUUAUGUCACAAGGUAUGUUAUACUCAAGUUUUUAUAAAAGGUGCUAAAAUUUUAAAUAAUAUUAGGUUGUUCAAUUAAUUUUGAGCUCCAUCUCAAAGUAAAUAAUUUUUUUUUGAUGGAGUGCAGAAUUAUUUGAACAACAUAAUAGUACCUUCAGUGUCAUCAUUUUUUAGAGUUUUAAAGGUUUAUACAUUGAAUAUACAAAAAUUAGAGCUUUUUAGGCAAAUUUUGUUUUUUGGUAUUGUAUGGUACACUUGGUACUGAUGGUGCACUUUAAAAUACUUUUUUAAAUAAAUGUUCUAAUUUGAUAAUUUUUUAUCUUUGAAAAAAAAUUGUGGUUGAUUUUUACGUUUGGUACCAAUGAUACACUUUUUCAAAAUAUUUUUUUUUGUUUUUUGUUUGACAUUCUAAGUUAUAAAUAUUUUUUCAGGAUUUCCACCAAUAAUUUACCUAACCUUCAACAAGACCAUUACACGAGUCAUGUACGGUAAGAUCUUCCGCGUCUCGAACUACACGCACCCCUCCACGAAGGAGCAACACUAUGACAAAAACGGCGUAGGCAACGUUCAAGUCAAAGCGUACACGCAGUACUAA